CGCUACAGCAGCCAGCGAUCACUGCAGUGCAGUAGCCAACCAGCAACUAGCUAGCCAACUUGUCUACUCACAGAGAAAUAUGGAUGAAAUGAUGAUACAAGUCAACGGCUGUCGGACAUACCACCUCUGCAUGGGCUCAUAAACAUGUCCACAGAUGACAGUAUCUCUGAGGAUGUGUCCAGUUCGGGGGCUUUGAGCCAUUGUCAUGUCAGUGCUGAUGGGGAUGGAGGUAAAGAGAGCGAGACCUCUUUGGUGUCCUCAGAGGGUACAUCAGCCUCGGGGCUGGCUGUUUCAGAGGACAGGCACACAACCUCCCAAACAACAGGAGGCACUGUGGAGUGCAGGCCAAUGGACAUCACACCAGCAUGCAACAAGAUCAGAAGUCUAUGUCUGAGCACAGAUGAAGCUUUUGGAGAAGCAAAGAACCUCCCGUUCAUAAACCCAAGUUCCCUCGAGACUCUUAGGGCCCUGGUGCAAGAGAUUCAGAGUAGUGGAGAGACAGACCCUGAGAUCUGGAAAGAUUGUGAGGGCCGAUGGCUUCAUCUGUUUCAACUAGUUGAAAAGCAAUACCAAGAGCAAAUACUCGCUCAGCAAGAACAAUACCAGUGCCAAAUACAGUUAAUUCAGGAUGAAAUUAAGGCCCUGGUUCAACUCCAGAACCGCCAAGCCAGUGGUCAGCCACACACAGAGUUCUCUACAACUCCCGUGACCAAAACUAUCACUGACACAAAAGACUAUAUUUUGCCCCCCCUCUCCAGUGACUGCACAGUCCCUAGAAAUGUGGCCAGUGACAGUGACAGCCUGGCAGCCCCUGCCCACACCCCUUUUAGUUCCCCUUCACCUCCGCUACACAGAUCAGACACCACCAUCCAAGGGGAGGAGCGUGCUACCACUGUACUUAGCAGUGGUUAUGGGACUCUGUCUGCCUGGGAAACAGGUCUGGUACCUGUUGGGUCUCCAGGGGAAGAUGAAGAGGGUUGUCAAGAGAAAGAGAGGCACCACUGGUCCCUGAACCUCCCAGAAGACACAGAGACAACUGUGACUGGGUGCCAGCAGGACUUUUCAGAUGAGAGGACUGUUCAAGUGGAGGACGUUAACACAUUAAUCCACCAGCAGAGAAACUCUGGCACCAACCAGCUUCUGACCUCCUGGGCCCAGAGGCACAAACUCAGGCCUAAGAGGAGCAAGACAGGACCAGCUUCAUCCCAAAUUCCUGACAACCAGGAAUCCAUGGAGUCCCACAGACAAAUCCAGCUGGAGAGCGCAGACUCCCAGGACCAGCAUCGACCAGCUGGGCCGUCAUCCAGCUCCUUUCCCUUGAAGAGGAGUGACAGCCUGAUGUCUGAGGCUUCAGGCCUGACCUACUGGCGUCUGAAUGAGAAUGAUCUGUACCGCCAGCUACCAGACAGCUUUGACAGCGGUGCUUAUCUCCUGCUACAAGAGGCUUCCAUGAGUUUUACACCGUCUCAAGAGCCACGUCUGUCUCUCAGAGAGAUUUAUCAGAACAAGCAAAAAACAGACUUUAAACGUUCAGACUGGGACGGUUCUGUUACAUCUGGUCCUUUGUCACCACAGGUGUUAACAUUAGACCCAGCAGCUAACAUGCGACAGUCGGAUCGUACCUCUGGCUUCACAUCACCAUCCCACUUCAGCAGCCCCUCUUUUGCCACACAGCCCCACCUGUACCCCCGAGUAGAGACCCCUGUGACCCCUGACAGCAUGGCUGAGUCCAGUCCUAAUCCUGGAGAUACAGACUGUAUCUCUGACACCUCCAGUGUUUCAGCUGCCGGGCCUUCCCCAUUGAAGGUGCAAGGCCAGUGGGGAAAUACUUCCCCGGCAGUCCUGUCUACCUCCCAGAAUCAGACCCAGCCGAGCUCCCACAGCAGCAGCCAGCAGCGCAGAGCCAGUGCUCCUUUGGCCAGUGAGGAGGAGGGUAGUCACACCCACACCAGCACUCUGAAACCUUGUUCAGCCUCUGGUGCAAGUCUGGGCCCUGCAGCCAGUCCACACAUGGAGAGGGCGUCUUCACUGGAGGAUCCUGUUGUCCUUUCUCUACUGAGGCAAAACUUAAGAGAGAAACACUCUAGACAUGUGGCAGAUCUGAAAGCAUAUUAUGAAUCUGAGAUCCAACUCCUACGAGACAAACUCAAGCUCAGAGAUCUACCGAAGGACUUAGAGAAGAGCAACCAGACCCUGACAGAGAGGUGCAAACAUCUGGAGAAAGCUUUGGCUGAAGCAACGGGUCGGAUUCAAGAACUUGAGGCAAACAACAGCUCUCUGGAGAAAAAACUGGCAGAAUGGUCGGAGCGAUAUGCUGUAGCAGGCGCCACUGUGAAAUCUUUGCAGCAGCGAAUAGAGGAUGGCAAACGCUCAGGCAAAGAGAAGGACGCCUUGGUAACACGUUUAAAGACUCGUGUGCGUCAGCUGGAAGAAGCAGCACAGAAAGUCUGCAAAGAAGCAGAUGAGAAGGAGGCCAGGAGGGAGAGAGAAUACAAGAUGCUGCAGGAUCUGCUUGGAGAAUAUGACUCUCUGAUGAAGGAGCACGAAGGAGUGAAGAACAACUUGGUGUCAACAGAGAGCAAACUUGUUGACGCCAGCGAUCAGAUAUCUGAACUGAAGAGAGUCAUCUCCAAGCUGGAGACUCAGGUGAAGCAGCUGGAGCAUGAGAACCAGGCCAGAGCUCGAUAUUCUUCUCACAGUAACACACAACCCUCUGGUGCUGGGCUUUUCCACCAUCCUGACCUGCUGCUGUCACCGAGCAAAAGCAAGGUAGAGUCAGAUGUCACCCGCAGGAAGUCAGCAUCUGAUCAGCUGAACGGCAGUAAAAAGUCACCUUUUCAUCAAACAAACCCACCGAGUGUCCACAGGAAAUCUCCAUAUCCAUUUAAAGAUCCCUCAUCAGGACCCGGAAGCUCUGUGGACACGUCUUCAACAGGAGGAAGCUGGAGGUGUGCAUCUCCCCCAGAGUGUGAGCAACCCCCUCCUCAGCCCAGACAGAAGGAAGGCGUCGGCCAGAGAGAAGCCGGUCGGAGAGAGGGGUCGUGUGCCCUCACACCUAUGAUGAGGGCCCUGAUAGAACUGGAAGAGACCAGAGCCACAGAGAGCCGGGCCCCCUGUAAGAACAGCUCCACCACCCACAGGUUAGGCAAUCAGAGACCCACUGUGGGCUUUGUGGAGCGGAGACACAAGGAGCCAAUUCAAGAACAGGCUAGACUUCAAGCAGACAGGGAUGUGAUUAAACCUGAAAGACUAGGACCAAAAAGCCACAUCGGAGCAGAAAGAGCUGCAGCUCUUCUGAGGGCCCAGAGGAGUCUGUCUCCAGAGGGCCACAGAUCCUCCUCACUGCCUCCGCCAGCAGAAAGAAACAUACCUGCCACUACACCCACAAAGAGAGAGACUUUAAUGAUGCCCCUGUCUGCAAAAUCCAGUCCUAAACGCUGCCCUACUGAGAACUACUCCACUGCUUUUGGUCACUUGAUGCCAAGAGAGGAACACUUGUUCAAAGGGAAUAAUGGACAAGUUGACCAGAGACGCCAUUCAUUCCACAGCAGCAGUCCCAGGAGAAGACUUCACUUUAUGUCAGCAGAAAGAGAAAAUGACCUCCAGCAGCCGGAGUCCUGUGGCAGUGCGAACCCUCCUGAGGGUAACUCUCAGCUGGGCUGGGAGGAGCAGGGAGCCAACCUGCAGGACACCUGUGAGGAUUCAGCAGCGCCUCUGGACAGACUGCAUUCACUGGCUGAGGCAGAGAAACUGUUUGACGAGCUGACGCAGGAGAAACUGCAGAUUGAGGCAGCUUUGAGCCGGAUGCCUGGUGCAGGCAGCAGAGUGAGCCUACAGGCCAGGUUAGAUGAGGUGGCCUUAGAGAACCGUCUGGAGAGGCUGAAUCGUGAGCUGGGUUCACUUCGAAUGACUCUGAAGAGAUUCCACGUCCUCCGCUCUUCUGCCAACAUAUAGCAAUGUCUGUCUUUUUACAUUACACCGUAGACGAUACAACUUAGUGUCUUGUUUUAUACACAGGACUGAUUGUCGUUGAGUCUGUUUCUGUGCCAUGAUUUCCAUCUGUACAAUAACUCUUUGCCAUGUUUUUUUUACAAGCAUUUACUUAUUACUCGGGGAUAUUUUUUAUGUGUGAAAGAUAUUGAAAUUUUUGGAGUAUAUUUUAAUAAUACACAGAUUUGUAAAGUCAUUUACUUUUUUAGUCACAGAAAUAUUGAUAUGAGAUGUUUUACUUGCCAUGUUCAGGCGUAGAUCCUGAAUCAGCUGUUAAAUAAUGAUCAGUUCUUUCCAGCAAAGACAUUCAUCCCCCCUGGUAAAUAUCACUGCCAUUUUUGCUCAUGUGUUUGUGGAAAUAUAUGUUUUUUCCAUUAGACAUCAGAUAUAAUGUAAUAGUUUGAUAUUUUUUUUACUUUUCAAAAUUUUAUGCAUUUCAAGUGUCAUUUUUAGUUUCAUAUGUUGAUUUGUUUUGGGCCAAAUGUUCAGACUUGAAGGAAGUUUUUGUUUACUUGAAUCAAAUUGCCUUUUUCCUUUGUUUACAUUCCUUAAAUACACAUCACUUUUCUUUGCUUUAAUUUUUAACUGAAGUGAUUUUUGCCGCAGGACUGGAACCUAGAGAUUAGAGUCACUUGUAAAAUCCAAACCAGCACACUCUGAGUAGACAGACACAAUUUCCACUCCUGGCUCAUUUCAUUUAUUCUUGAGCAAUGCUUGUGCAUGGAGUUUCUUGCACUGCUUCUCUUUUGCCAUGCAGCUUUCUUACGCAACAUACAUGUCACUGGAACUAUAAUGUUGUUGUUGCACAAUAAAUGAAGCCUUUUUAAGUAACAGAAAGUA